AUGGGAUGUGGUAGUUCAUUAAAUAUCAGACGAAUCCUGAAAACACGGCCACCGUUGCCCAGUGAUCUAUCGCCAGAGGUCAGAGACUUAAUUUCAAGACUCCUCGUGAAAGACCCUCGCCAGUGGUUAGGGAGAGGGCCACGGGAUGCGCUAGAGAUUAAGGACCAUGUAUUUUUUAAGGACUCACCAUUUUUCCAAAAAUACGAACUGAAUCUCCGAGAUAAUAUACUCGGAGACGGCAGCUUCAGUGUCUGUCGGGAAUGUGUACAAAAGUCCAGCGGGCAACAACACUUUCCUGUGGAGAUAGUGUCAAGAAGACUAGACUGCCAACAAGAAAUCAAUUUACUCUGGGCUUGCCAAGGACAUUCCAACAUUGUCAACAACCUCCAUGAAGUUUUCCAUGAUGAGGCACACACCUACAUUGUGAUGCAGCUCCUUGGAGGUGGAGAGCUGGCUGCCUCAGAGGAUCAGGAAACACGAGAGGUUCACAGAGGCUCGCCUCGGGCUUCGGUCGUCGUGAGGAACCUGGUGUCAGCAGUUCACUACGUGCACAGGAAAAGCAUCAGUGUUCACGGAGACCUAAAGCCAGACAGGGGUGAAAAGGGUUGGUGUUGAGGAUAGACAGAAAAGAAAAGAAAGGAAAGGUAAAAAAAGGAAGUUUUUUUGCAUUGAUUUUCCAUCUGCUUAUUUUAAAGAAUUUAUUGCAUGGAAUAUUAUUGAUCUCCAUCAUUUGUAUGGCCUUUAUAAUAAAAAGUAUGAAUUUAU